CAGGCGUCACACGCCGCCCUUUCUCUCUCCCAUGGCGCUGCGGUGGGGUGGGAGCUGCAGGUCCCGUGCAGCGAGGCAGCGGGGUGGGGGUGUGAGCGUGAGUGCGCGCGUGUGCGUGUGUGCACGCGAGUGUGUGCGCGCGCGUGGCCUUCCGGCAGCUGUGCCGGCCCCCACCCCACCCCACCCAUCGCACCCGGCCCUGCGCGCCGCCCCCACCCCUCGCCGUGCUGGGUGCGCCGCGGGCCGCUGGGCGCCUGGCCGCCUCCCCCGCGCCUGAGAGGCGACCCCCGUGCGCCCCGGGUUCAAAGGCCCCGCGCGGCUGCUCCAGCCCCGACGGGGGGCGGGGAGGCGAGGGGGGUGGUGCGGCAGCCAGAAAAGCCCGAGCCCACAGCCGGCCAGCCCUGCGCAGGGAUGGGCAGCGCGCUCUGAAGUUUGCGACCGUCGCAGCCAACUUCUGGCCGCAGCCCGGGACGCAGCAAGCCAGCGGCCGGCCUCGAAGCCCACCCACCCCCGGCUGCAGGGCGAGGCCCGCUGUGCCCGGCCCGAGCGCCCUUCCGCGGCCACAGGCGUCCGUCCUCCGGCCCGGUGCUCCCGGCGCCCGAUCGGGGUUCAUGGAGCUGGGGCUGUGGUUCCUUUUCGGGCUCGCAGUGACCUCCGCCGCAGGAUCAUCGGUACCUGGCCCCCAGCCUGGGGACGCUGGCAGGAGCCGCGAGCCCCGGGCCCCCUCUGCAGCCAGAUCGGAGGGGGACAGCGAGGAGACUGUGGCCGCCACAGCAGCGCGGGGUCCAAGCCCCAGAAGCCCUGGGCAGGAGCAGAGACCUGGUCCGGCUGGGGAGCAGGCGGCCAAGGGGGGCCCUGUGCACCCCCGAGCCCGGCGCUGUACUUGUUUUACCUACAAGGACAAAGAGUGUGUCUACUAUUGCCACCUGGACAUCAUCUGGAUUAACACUCCUGAACGCACUGUGCCCUAUGGGCUGUCCAACUACAGAGGCCGCCUCCGGGGCAGGAGGUCGGCCGGGCAGUUUCCGCAGAGCUCACUGCCAUCGAAGGGGACGCCGCGCUGCGCCUGUGUGGAGAGGGAGGACGGUGCCUGCCUGCACUUCUGCACCCGGACCCUGGUUGCCCGCGGACCCAUCUACUCCACCUGGCAGAGCUGUCCUGUAAAGCCCCUUCCGAGAGCCAUCGUUGGUGGGAUGGGACCUCCAGGUGCUUCCCAGGAAUUCAAGGACGGCGCGAACACCUGACGAAGAAGCAGGAAAGCAGGCCAGGGGUGCCGCUGGGGGCGUGCGUCCGAGGAGGUGAAGCUGCCUUCUGAGUCACAGCCCCUUGGGUGGCGUGGAGGACACGUGGGGCACAUCUGGUCUGUGCAGGCGGCCAGCGGGAACCCCACCGUGCGUGGGGGGCAUCCACAGGCACUGGUGCUUUUGGUAGAUUGUCCCUGGGGACAGAGCAGCCUACAGCUGUGGACGGCCUGCCCUGGGUCUUAGGAGCGGACCCCUGUGUUCCCUGUAGCUUUCGAACAGUGAUGUCCACCCCUGGACUUCACCAGGUCUGGACAAAGCUCACCCAUCACUGCUUCUCGGAGCCCCUGCAGGCUGAUGUGCUGGGGCCCAUGUCGCUCCUCUGCUCCCGUAGCAACUUGUGGUCUCUACAAGAAGAAUUGUUUCUUCUUUUCAGCAGCUGAUUCUGGACAGAGGUGAAUCACAGCAGCUGGGCACUAGGCCCUCUGAGUCCUCCAAUUCAUUUUCUGAAUUUUUUUUUUAACCCGCUUGUCUUUUUUGUAUGAUCCUGAGGGUUUCCUGCAGCCCAACUGGGUUUAUCAUUCUGUCAGUAGAAAUGAUUAUUAAUGAGCCGUCUACACACCUGCAAUGGGAUGGUAAUUGAUGUUCAUAGUAAUGGCCUGGAGGGGGCUUGGGUUCCUACAGGGUCUGAUCAAGGGAAGAUUAAACCCUGCUUGGUGUACAGGAGGCUUUCCAAAUUGGUGGCAGAUCGCUUUGAGUCAUCUGGAGAGGAAUCUGUCAGCAUCCACAAUAAAAAUGCAGAGAAGAGGCAGAGACAAACCCCAGGAGAGCGUGAAUCAGGCCCCAGCUGGUCCCUACUUUGCCUCUUCUUCCUCUUUCUCCCCUUUCUCACCCCAAACCCAAACCCCUCUCAGCAAGGGAGGGACGUGAUUAAAACCGUCCAUCCAUCUUGGCAUUUAUUCAAUUCAGCAAAGAUUUGUUGAGCCCCUGUGAUGUGCAGGACACUGUCCCAGAUGCACUACAGGGAAUAAGGCAAAAGGUCAGCCUGCCUGCCUCUUAAAUAGUGGGGCAAGCAGAUAGCAAACUAACACGUUAAACACAGAGGAGGGCAUGUGAAGGUGAGCAGGAAGCAGGCAGGGGGCAGGAAGUGUCAGGGGUGGUUGCAGUUUGGGUGGACAGGGGUGGUCUCACUGGCCAGGUGACAUUGGCAUAAAGAACUGGAGGAGGGGGGUAGGGGUGAGCCAGAGGGCCAAGGAAGGGCAGGGGAUGUCAGGCAGGGGAAGGUAAGUGCAAAGGCCCUGCGGUAGGAAUGUGUUGUGUGGGGUGUAUUCCAGGUGGUCAGGAGAGACCAGCACAGAAAAAGUACCCGGUGCUUCUGCUGUUGUUGUUAUUGUUCUGUUGGAUGUUCAGGAGAUGAGAAUGGUGGCACAGAGGUCCCACUGGGGCCUGGAAUGGUGCUUCUUCUAGGUCUUCACAAUGCAUGAUGUCAAGCUCCUGUAAGAAGCUUUACUUGGGAAGAAAAAGUCUUUCCUUAUAAGCACGGUCCAUACUUUCUUGAAAGACUCGAGGUAGUAAUCCCCAGACUGACAUUCUCAGAGUGGGAGCUUCUGCUGUCCUGAGCUUGUGAUCAUCAAAGAUGGGACCAGGCUUUGGGGGAGAGCUCCCCAUGGCCACGCCACGUCAGUGGCGAUGACUAUACUCACACCUUCCCAGGUAGAUGGCAGGCUCUGAAAUAGCAGAGAAGCUCUGGUGAGAAGGUUCCAUUCAAAACCGGGAAGGGGCUAAAGAUGGGCUGGGGAGACGUCUCCUCUUUCAGCCAGCAGAGAGCUCUUCUUUUGUAACAGGCCUCUUUUUUUUUUCGCCCCCCUUUUCUGGGAUAGGUUGAAGUCAAGGCCAGACAAAGCAAGUAGGCUUUAGACCUCCACCAUCAAAUGCUUGCCCUGCAGGGGACCUCCCCGCCUCCAGCCCUGCCACCUCCCACCCCACCCCCCACACUCUGCCUGCCCUCUCAGGAGCCCCCAGGGAGAAGGUCCUGCAGCAGGAAGGCCUCAGUUAGGGGGUUCACAUUUCCACCUCUUUGAGGACAAGAAAUGAGUUUUGCCUGGGGGAAAAACCCAUUCAAAGGGUCCUCACUUAACAAUACAGUCCUUUCCCAAGAAUGCCCCAUCCAAAGACCCCAGUUUCCCUAAUGGGUAAAAUGAUCCCAGCUGUGCCCUGGGGCCCCACGCCCAGGGCUCUGGUUUCAUGCAGGAAAUUGGUUUUGGGGAGAUGUUGCACGUUGCAAAGGCGCUUCUCUCGGAGAAUAAGUGGACUCCAAGCUAACUCUUUGCAAGUGUAAACCCGUGUCCAUCUUGGAACAGAUGCAGGCCCCGGCAGGAGCAUGCAGGCCUCCGAGCCCCCACAUGGGGCAGGCGCGGGGCGUGAGCGAGUGAGGCCGCCUGGUGUCAACUUGAGAUGCAGGUCACAGUUGUACAGGAGUUGAAUUUGAAGCUUAUAGGAUUUAGACAAACAUUUUCAGCUGUGCUCCUUACCCACUGAAAGAAUGUAUCUCAAAAGAAAAAGAAAGAAACUUUGAUGUUUGUGAUAGGAAAAGAUGGAAAUUAACACCUACAGGUUUUGAACCCCGGGCCAUACAGCAGAGAGACUUCUGUGCCCUUUGCAGAAGGCAGACCUGGUGGUGAACAAUAGACCCAGUUCCCUGGAAUCUGCUGUGAAGGCAGCCCCAGCUCAAGGCUAUUAGGGUGAUAUUUGCUUUCAGGAAGAAAUGUGGAUCUUUGGGGAAUGGCUUCGAAAUAAGCCACAAACGCAAACGCUUUGUAAACUAUGUAAAUUUCUAUUUAUCUAUAUAAUUGGCAACAACUGGGAAUUGUAACGCCUGACAGUUCGCCAUCUCUUUCAGCUGCGCUCUAGUGGCCACACUGAGAUUACUGAGCAUCUGAAGCCGGUGCGGUGUUUAGUCCACGGGGAUGGGGAGAGGCCGCCUGCCUCCCGCAACAGCAGAGAGAUGAUAAGAACUGGCAUUUGAGCGUGAGCCGAGGUCCUCAUAUGAUGGUGGAUGCCGGGCUGCUGGCCUUGACCAAAUGCUCAGUUCUCCAUGAGUAUUUCAUAAGUUAUUACAGGUAUAAAAGUGAGCACCUAUCACAAGAAAGUGGAAGGGACUGAUUUGCCAGCAGGAUGGUGUACAGUUUAGAGAAGCAAUUAUUUAUUGUGAAACUCUUCUCUACGUCAGCUCCUUUCGGUGCAUGUGUUCAAAGCAAAGCCGCUGUAUAUAGAGGGAUGUUAAAUUGUGUUCUGAACCCCAAGUGCUAUUCCUUAGGGCUGGAAUUGCAUUUUUUAAAUGGCUGUGCACUGUUUGGCUCUGUGGCAAGAUGAUAUCGCAGAGAGAAAUUCAUUCAUUGCGCUAUCACUUGGAAAAUACUGUCAAAUG